GGGGGCAGUGGUAGAGGAGGAUCUAAACAUUCAACCUGUCCAAAAUGUGGAUCACCACUUGAAACUUUUGAUUCAUCCAGUCGUUUUGUUUCUUGUGAAAACUGUAGAUACUGUCUGUAUGUGGAUGGUAAAAAUUCAGAGGAAUGGAACCAACCUGAAGAACCUCCAGAACCUGAAAAACGGAUUCCACCUCCUACAAAGAUCCAUGAAUAUCUUGACAAGUUUGUUGUGGGUCAAGAACAUGCUAAGAAGGUGUUAUCAGUGGCUACGUAUAACCAUUAUAAACGUAUUAAUCAUAACUCAGCUGGCAAACCAUCCACGCCCAGUAAUACAACAGAAAGUAAAAUGAUACCUACUGAAAGCUCACAACACUUUCAAAACAGAUAUACUAGUGGUAGGACAUCUAGUUAUUACUUAUCAGAAAUUGCAAGACAAACUGGAAUCAGACCUGGCAAUCCCCUGGGACCUCGUUCUCACCAAAUACAUCAAUCAUUCCAGCAGCUGCAGCAGAACCCUCCGGAACCGGAAGAGACAACCUCGCGGCCAUCUGAUAUCCUCAAUGCUACAACUCAUACUAUUAAACUAGAGAAAAGUAACAUUAUACUUCUAGGACCAACUGGAACAGGAAAGACUCUACUAGUUCAAACAUUAGCCCAGUGUUUAGAUGUACCAUUUGCCACGUGUGAUUGUACCACACUAACACAAGCUGGAUAUGUUGGCGAUGAUGUAGAGAGCGCUGUUGCCAGAUUAUUAAGCGAGUGUAAUUAUAAUGUAGAUAAAGCACAACAAGGUAUUAUAUUUCUGGAUGAGAUUGAUAAAACAGCUAAACCUAGUGGUCCUGGUUUCAUACGAGAUAGAGAUGUAGGUGGGGAGGGUGUUCAACAGGCGUUUUUAAAAAUGUUAGAAGGAGUGGUUGUCCAGGUUCCAGAGAAGAAUCGUAAAAUUAGAGGAGAAUCUAUACCAGUUGAUACAACUAAUAUACUUUUCAUAGCUUCCGGGGCUUUCAAUGGUCUAGAUAAGAUUAUUAGUCAUAGGAAAGAUGAAAAGAGAAUAGGUUUCCAAAUCCCAACCAAAAAACCAGAAGGACAAACAGCAGUACCACAACCAAAACCUUCAGAAGAAAAAAUUGAUCCUUUUGCAAAGAAAACAGCUAAGACUGAAAAUGAAGAACAUGAUCUGUUGUUGAAAGAUGUAGAAGCUUCUGAUCUCGUCAAAUUUGGAAUGAUCCCAGAGUUUGUUGGAAGGAUGCCGAUAUUGGCACCUCUGCAUUCCUUAGAUAAAGAUAUGUUGUGUCACAUCCUGACUGAAACAAAUAAUGCUCUGAUUCCCCAGUUUCAAGCUCUCUUUAACGAUGAUGAUGUGAUACUAGAAGUCCAUCAAGACGCUAUAGAAGCUAUAGCUGCUAUGACUUUAGAGAAAAAAAUAGGAGCUAGAGGUCUCAGAUCUAUAGUGGAGAGAAUAUUAUUAGAUGCUAUGUACCAAGUUCCUGGUUCUGACAUAUCAAAAGUAAUAAUUGAUAGUGAAGUGGUCAAGGGCAAUAAACCUUUCAAAAGUGUAAAGAAAUCAGAGGAGGAUGUAGAUCUAGAAGUGUUUCGAGAACCGCAAAUAAUUGAGGUUAAAUAA